AUGGUCAUCGUCAACCGAGGCAUCGUCCGCCGGUUGAGCUAUCUUCCAGCAGCCCCUGCCCGGUUGCCUGCUGAUGCAUUGGUUCUCCCAGCAGACACAGUCGCAGGGAGAAGAUUCGAGCAUCUCCUCCAGCUAAUUCUCGCCGAAUGGCUCAACCGCGACCAUCUCGAUAUAGAGAUGGUCGUUUUCACCCAACGCAUAGACCGCAUUAAGCUACCCCUACCAUCCCCCGUUUUAUUCUCUACCGAGGCAUUAUUUCUCUAG